AUGGGCAUGCUUACGUUGGAGGAGGUAGGGGAGGAGAGGAUGUGGGGAUACACUUACAUGCUGCAGAAGGAGGAUACCUACAACCAAAAACAGAACCCUCUGCAUCUGCAAGCCACAACAACCAACGCAGGAGGAGACAAGUCCGGUUGGACCCUCUUUACCCCAUCCCCGUACCGACCUACCGCUCCCCAACCGACCAAAAACAAAAAGAAGAAAAACGGCCCUCCUCUAUCUAUGAUUCCACCAAACGGCUCCUCUCCGGUGCUUACACCUACCAAGACACCUCCCCUUCACUUCGCUUCGCUUCGCCUCCCCGUAAAUCUAUGUACCGGUCCCUCCAGCGGACAUUUGCUCCGAUUGGCAACGUGCUGCAGCUCGCCGAGACUGGGCGAGAUAAAGUGGAAGGGAGGCGUAAAGUUUUUGGGUUUCGUUGUGGAGUUUUAUUGCCACUGA